ACCCCACCCCCAAACACAUAAAAUUACAUGAACAGCGCUAUUUCCCAGGGCAGAAACUCAGACAAACUGGAGAAGAAAAAAAAACAUCAAACUCUUAGUUUCACACACUUAUCAAGAAACUGAAACUAUGAACAUGGAUUCUUCUCAAUCUCAUCAUCAGAAUCUAGCAAACAACUGGCUUGCCUUCUCUCUUUCCAACACCAACACCCUCUUCCACCACCCACCCGCCACCGUCUUCCACCACCACCAUGAUGCAAACACCACCGGAACAACCAGCCAUCAUGGUUUGUCUGUUAUCACCGACGGCAGCCCGAAACUGGAAGACUUCCUCGGCGGCUGUGGCUCCGCCGCCUCAACCGGAUCUGGUUCCGAUGUUCAUCAUUUUCAAGAUGAAUCACAACCCUCUAUGCAGCAACCACAUGACACCACAUCGGUUUAUGAUUCUGAGUUGAAGACAAUCGCCGCUAGCUUGUUCAGUGGGUUCAUCAACAACAACAACCAGCAAGGGCAGGAGGUUGCUCCUACGCCGCCACAGCAAGAGAACUCUCCGGCGAAAAAAGCUGUUGAUAACUUCGGUCAUCGAACUUCCAUUUACCGUGGUGUUACAAGGCAUAGAUGGACAGGGAGAUAUGAAGCUCAUUUAUGGGAUAACAGUUGCAGAAGAGAAGGUCAAAGUAGGAAAGGAAGACAAGUUUACUUGGGUGGAUACGACAAGGAAGACAAAGCAGCUAGAGCUUAUGAUUUAGCAGCCCUCAAGUAUUGGGGUCCCACCACCACCACAAACUUUCCUGUUUGCAACUAUGAGAAAGAGCUUGAAGAAAUGAAGAACAUGACUAGGCAAGAGUUUGUUGCUUCACUUAGAAGGAAAAGCAGUGGUUUUUCUAGAGGAGCCUCAAUUUAUAGAGGUGUCACAAGGCACCAUCAACAUGGACGUUGGCAAGCAAGAAUAGGAAGAGUAGCUGGAAACAAAGAUCUCUACCUCGGAACCUUUAGCACACAAGAAGCAGCGGCCGAGGCAUACGACAUAGCUGCCAUCAAAUUCCGAGGGUUAAAUGCGGUCACCAAUUUCGACAUGAGCCGAUACGACGUGAAUAUUAUCGCCAACAAAAACCUCCCGGUUGGUGGUAUGUGUAGCAAAUCCAAGAUCUCAACAGACCAAUCAGUUCCAGACGUUCGAGACCUCACCUCUACUUCCGAACAUCCUACACAAACAACACACGCAAACAACGUACUUAGCUUCGGGAUCCCCAAGAAACAAGACCCGUGUACCGAUUACUGGGAUUCGGUCCUUGGUUACAACCAAAACUACCAAUGUACAACACCAUACAACAUGGAAUACCCUUCAAAUACUACAACCAACAAUGGGUACUACAUUGGUGGAGAGUUCAUUCAACAAGAGUACAGUAAUGGUAGUACUAUUGCUUUAAGUAGUGCAUCAACAAUUCCUAUGGGUACCCCUAUAAGUUUGAAUGGAUCUAGUUAUGGCACUUGGGUAGAACAGUCUUUUCACUCAUAUCAACCUGCCAAGCAAAAUCUAUCAGUUAUUCAGACACCCAUUUUUGGAAUGGAAUGAUUUGAAUGGAGGGGGUAAAGUAAGUUGAAUAAGAUGGGGGUGGGGUGGGGUGACAGGUGACUUUAGUUUGGUGGCAGAAGUAGACAGAAGAUGGUACAAACACCAAGUUCUUUGUAUCAUGAAUUUAGGGUUAUGUUUUUAAGCUUUAUUUUUAAUUAUUAUUUUCUUUUGUGCUUUGUUUGGUCUUGCCUUUUUCAUCUUUACUGACUACCCUUGUAAGUAAAAGAAAAUGUUUCCAUAUCAAUGUCUUUUCAGUA